AUGAAGUCAAAGGGGUUUAACCUUGAAGUCUUUUCCCAGAGAGAAGAUGAGGAACUGAGACUCUUCAAGUCCCUACCAUCAUGGGUACCCGACUUUAGUGUUUCAUUUGGUCAUAGUCCUAUGGCCGCCAUGGGACCGAUGUGGACAGCUGCCGGUUUGAAGGCACCCACAAACGAUAUCCGAUAUUUGCCAUCUAAUUGCGUAGAGCUUCAUGGGGUACGGGUUGAUGAAGUCAGUCUUUGGAAGGGCCCGUUGCUUCGUGAUGUCUUUGCCGCUGGUCCGAAAGUUGGUUCUAAGAAGACUUGCGAGUUAUUCUCGACAAUCCAACCGCCAACAUCAAGUCCAUCACUUGCGGAUGAAUUUCAUGAAAGGAACGGAGGCCCUACUGUUUUAAGGCCACUCAACAUCGUGGCGGCCCAAGAGCAGGCUUCACGCUACCAGUCCAAGGCAGAAGUCUUCUGGAUAACAAUGUUGAAAGACACUGCAGAAAACAAUCAUCCUGCCAGAGAUAGCUGCGGUAAAGAGAUAUUCAAAGACAUGGAAGAUGUUAUCCUUUUGGAGAUGGGUGACUCGAUAUCUGAAGCAACCUUAAAUUCGAAGAGUGAUGAAGAAUGGAACUUAUGGAAGGAUCGCACGGACGAUUUAAUGAGAAAGUUCACGAACCUCCAGAUUCUCAAGGGUGCUCUACCAGACGGUAUAGAAGACACCCAGAACCCCAAGCAUUUUGCAGGGGCAAGGAAUAUCAUCUUAUCACGUAGAGAAAAAGGAGUAAAUGGGCGCCUCUGGCAAUACUUUCUUACCUAUAGGGAUAAUCUUGAGUGCCGUUUGACUGAAUUCUUUCACCGUCAAGUCGGUACUAGAAAUGAGGUGUUAGGGGCAACCUUUGGUCGCGGCCUCUUUGCAACGGAAAAUGGACGCUUAGGUUUGGGUCUACACUCGACUCGUGAAGGUGAUGAAGUGUGGAUCUUAGAUGGAUGCCAGGUUCCUUGCCUGCUACGACAUACGGGUGAUGGGCGGUAUAAGCUGGUGGGAGAAGCAUACGUUCACGGGAUCAUGCAUGGGGAAGCUUUGGAGGAGCCGGGUGUCAAGAAACUUGGCCCAGUCAUCAUUGUGUAG